AUGGCUUCAUCCUAUCCACAUAUGCAGCAACGAUAUCGUGACGACGAUGAAGACGGCAGCGCUGGCGUCCACGCUCCUUUACUCUCAACAGCUUCCCUCCCUGCCCAGCCCCGCUGGGCGCACGAGGUCAAGCAACUUGAAGAGCCUCGUCGUCGUCGCAAAUUCACGCUUACAAUGGGAGCAGUCGCCUUGACCUAUCUUCUGUACUGCGGAUGGGUCGCCUAUUCUCGAUAUGAGACAUCUGCACACUCCCGCGGAGCUUCAUCCGAGGCUGAUAUUUUUCCGCAUCCAUUCCCAAGAAUACCACACCAUCCAGCAGGGCCACCUCCCGCAAUCUCUGUCCUGGGUUGUGCUUCAAUUCCAAACCCUACCGAAGAUAUCGUGUCGGAGAAGAUCAAGCUCACAGUCUCUUACCCGAGUAAUGCCACGGUCGUCUUGCACCACAAGCUCCUUUUCGGUGAUGUUAUCGUCGAAAAGAACACCGACGAGAAAGAGGAGUUGGUGGAGCGCACCGAGGGGUCGACUUUGAACGUUGCUAUCAAAGUGGCUGCACGCCCACCGUUCCCUGAUCAUUUCGUCAGUGAAGAGGAGGACGAGGAGACAUUUGUUCUCUGUGCUACGACGCUGGUGCCUCACUCGACUCCGGGACACGAACACCCUCAUUCAAGAAUCGAGGGUAGCCAUCCCCCUGCCCCGCCGCAUCCUCACGGCCGAGUGCAUACCCCACCAGUUAUUGUGGACAUUUUCCCCGCCUUGAACGAGACAUAUCCUAAACUUCCCCCUUCACCGUUUCCACAUCACGGGCGAGGCAGGCGCCAUCACAAGCACCUCGAUACCAAGUUUUCUAAUAUUUGGAAUGCCGCCAUUUCCUUCUUAUUCCCCAUGUUCACCGAGCUUCCAAGCAACCAUGGCGAUCGCCCGUGCCAUGGAGCACCCCAUCCUCCUCCGCCGCCAUUCAUCGUGACCCAAUUAUCUGCCACUGUUUCCAAGACUAGCCACGUCGUUUAUGGUGGCCCGCCACCACCACCACACCCAUUCUUUUGGCAUCCGCACCCCUGCCCAAUAGACCAGUCAAUAUCGCUCACUCUCUAG